AUGGACCGUAUCGGUGCUGACUUCCUGAUGGUGGUGCAGCAGUUACCAAUCGGUGCGGAAGAUGGCUUUACCGGUGUGGUUGACCUUAUUAAGAUGAAAGGUAUCAUCUGGCAUAUGGAAACAGAAGGUAUGACCUUCGACGAAAUUCCGGUACCGGAAGAUAUGGUGGAAGAAGUGAACUUCUGGCGCCAGAACCUGAUCGAAGCAGUUGCUGAAUAUGAUGAAGCGCUGUUGGAGAAAUUCUUCGAUGACCCGAACACCAUUUCAGAAGACGAAGUGCACGAAGCAAUCCGUAAGGCUUGUAUCGACCUGAGCAUUGUGCCGAUGAUGUGUGGUUCUUCCUUUAAGAAUAAGGGUGUACAAACUGCCCUGGAUGCGGUUUGCCGUUACCUGCCUUCUCCAAUGGAUAUUGAAGAGAUCACAGGUACCGAUCCUGAUGAUGCAGAAAAGAUCCUGACGCGUAAGCCUAGUGCAAAAGAACCAUUCUCUGCAUUGGCCUUUAAGAUCAUGACCGAUCCUUUCGUAGGUCGUCUUGCAUUCUUCCGCUGCUAUUCCGGUCACCUGGAUGCAGGUUCUUAUGUACUGAACCGGGCGAUAUUGGCAGCAGCUGUUGGUUUUAAGGAUAUCAAAACCGGUGACACGCUUUGCGACGAAAAACACCCGAUCGUACUUGAAAAUAUGUUCAUCCCUGAGCCUGUAAUCGCAAUUGCUGUUGAGCCUAAGGCACAACCAGACGUUGACAAAAUGGGUAUGGCGAUUCCAAGCUGGUAG